CAAAAAUCAAAAACCCCGCAAGGGUUUUACCAGCAAUCUUCAGACACUGAAACAAAGAAAGAAAAAAAUGGGGAGAGGAACAAUAAAAGUAAAUGGAAUUGUAAAAAAAGGAUUAGGAGAGAUGAGUUUCAAUUCAGAAGGAGGAGUCAUCAACUGGUUUCCCGGUCACAUGGCUGCUGCUACUCGCGCUAUUCGUACUCGUCUUAAACUCGCCGACCUCGUCAUUGAAGUCCGCGAUUCUCGCAUUCCGUUGUCUUCUGCAAAUGAAGAUUUACAGUCUCAGCUCACUUCGAAACGCCGAGUUAUUGCUCUUAAUAAGAGAGACUUGGCCAAUCCUAAUAUAAUGCAUAAAUGGGUGGAUUAUUUUAGUUCGUGUAAGCAGGAUGCUAUUCCGAUAAAUUCACAUAGUAAGAGCUCUGUUAUGAAGCUUCUAGAGCUUGUGGAGUUCAAACUAAAAGAAGUGAUGUCAAGAGAACCUACUCUCCUUGUCAUGGUGGUUGGAGUUCCUAAUGUUGGCAAAUCAGCUUUGAUAAAUUCUAUCCAUCAAAUUGCACACUCUCGCUUUCCAGUGCAGGAGAAAAGGAAACGAGCUACAGUAGGGCCAUUGCCUGGUGUUACUCAAGAUAUUGCAGGAUACAAGAUUGCUAAUCAACCUAGCAUAUACGUUUUGGACACUCCGGGUGUGUUAGUUCCUAGUAUUCCAGAUAUAGAAACGGGGUUAAAGCUAGCACUUGCAGGAUCUGUGAAAGAUUCUGUUGUAGGUGAAGAGCGCAUUGCUCAAUACUUGUUGGCUGUUUUAAAUACUCGAGGCACUCCUCUUCACUGGAGACACUGGAAUAACAGAAAAAUGGAGGGGAUCAGAUAUGGGUCUCAGGAUAAACAGGAGACUGAUAUUAACGACUUUCGAUCAAAGAAGAGGAAGCCACUGAAUUUGUCGGAUGUGAUUUAUGUUGAGGAUAUUGUUACUGAAGUGCAAUGCUCAUUGUUUAGAACCGUAGCAGAAUUUGAUGGCAACGUCGAGGAUGAGAACGAUUUGGAGAAUCUUAUAGAAGAACAGUUUCAAGUACUGCAGAAGGCGCUGAAGAUACCUCACAAGGCAUCCGAAGCUCGUCUGAUGGUAUCAAAGAAGUUUCUUACUCUAUUUCGGACAGGUAAACUCGGUCCUUUUAUCCUCGACGAUGUUCCUGAAGUCAAAUCUGUACCAUGAUUUCUCCUUGAAUUCCAUCUUUCAGUUUUGAGCUUUUGUUCUUGAGAUACUGAUUUCUUAAAUUUCAGAAUCCUUUUACCUAUGUACACUUCACCAUCUUUUCGAUGAGAACUUUUGUAAAUUUUGGCAUCCCUUAACCAACCGAGUGUCGGAAUUAAUGGUAGUAUAAAUAGUUUUUGUUAAGAAAAAUAAAUGUUUAGUUUUCCAUAA